ACAGCGUCAGGACCCCGGCAUAGAUCUGGCACAAACACGUCCUGUCCUCUAGGUAUCUACCCGGUGGAUUGCCCUACUCAUAGUCAGGCUGGAUCUGGCGAUAAGUUUUGCGUGUCUUGGCCACACAUUGAGGUUGUGGUUGAGGUCAAGAAGACGUCUUCCUCGACGACCAGGACUACUGUCGACGCAUCUAUGUCCAAUCAAGCAUCUUCUCGUCCCCUCCCUCUCCCUCACCCGUCAGACAGGGGUCAGCUCAUCGACUAUGGUAUUGAAGUCCUCAAUCUGCAGCACCGGCUGUUCUGCUUUGCUAUCGUCAUCCUCGAUGAUACAGCGCGUCUACUCCGAUAUGACCGCACGGGCAUCACCAUGACUUCGAAGUUCGACUACCUCGAACGUCCAGAGGUGAUUGGCAGAUUCUUCUAUCGCCUAUCUCUAGCCACACGUAUGGAGCGCGGCUAUGAUCAUACCGUCGUACCUUCCUCUGCAGAGGAGGAUAAGAGGAUUGUCCGCCCGCUUCACCCCCGGCUCGGCUGAAUCUCAGGCUCUCGUCAACGCUACUUCCACUGGGUGGCCCACAUACAAGAUCACCAUCGACACUCCGUUCUCAGAUGGCAAGAAGGCCGUAUCACGGCAUGACGCUAUCCUUGGACGGCACUUCCUCGUCGGAAAGCCUGCUUUCAUGGGUCGCUCGCUCGUUGGGCGAGGCACGAAGGCGUUCGUGGCGUAUGACAUGGCGAACGACCGUGUGGUGUUCAUCAAGGACAGUUGGCGGCCGGACACGGGUGGACGUACCCAGUCCGAGUACGACAUCUACUUGCAGCUCCGCGAAAAGAUCCCGAAGCGCAAACUGUACAUUCCCACCCUUCUAGGAGGUGGUGACGUGAAGUUCGAAGGGAGACAGCAACAGACUCGUACACCAGCCACUCGGUAUCUACUUCGUAAUCAUGUCCGUCUAGUGUUGUGGGAAGUCUGUCUUCGCCUCGAGGACUUCACACAAUCCUUAGAGUUGGUCCAAGUGAUUUAUACUGCGUUUAGGGCCCACUAUCUAGCAUGGAGCAAGGCCGGCAUACUGCACAGAGACGUCAGUGCUGGCAACAUCUUGAUCCAUCAAUCUGGACAUCAACGCGUUGGUCUGCUUGCUGACUGGGACCUUGCAAAGACGCGAGCUGAAUUGGAAUAUCCCGCCACCCAAGAGGGCCGAUCGGGAACGUGGCCAUUCAUGUCGGCUUGUUUGCAGCAGUUUCCCGGCAGACCACACACCCUCGCUGACGACCUUGAAUCGUUUGUCCAUGUCCUGAACUGGUGCCUCCUCAAGUACAUUCCCAACGCGCUGUCUUCAGAUCGCCGUCAACUCCUUCGACAUAUCGCCAGCGUAUACGACGUUGCUUCUGAUGAUGAUCCCGAGAAAGGUAGCAUUGUGAAGUACAACAAGAUCAAGGACGGGGAGCUAUUUGUCAAGCUGACUGACAAGCAUCCUCUCAUUCGACCACUUGAGAAGCUUGCUGCGCUCUGCAAGAACCACUACUACCACCUCUCUCUCCCUCGUCUCGCAA